UUUUCAUAUAUGGGCGGGGGCGGGCCAAAGGCGGACGGAAGUGGUCUGUGUUGUUGCCGGAAGUGGCGAGGGAGAGGCUGUGAUGGCGGCUGCAACUUUAGCCGAAAAGGUACCGGUGGGCAGCGCGGAGGAGGGGGAGCAGCCCCUGGCGGCGGCGGCGGCUGCGGAGCUGGCCGCCCAGAAGCGCGAACAGAGGCUGCGCAAGUUCCGGGAGCUGCACCUGAAGCGGAAUGAGGCUCGUAAGUUAAAUCACCAGGAAGUUGUUGAAGAAGACAAAAGACUCAAGUUACCUGCUAACUGGGAAGCCAAAAAGGCUCGUCUGGAGUGGGAACUGCAGGAAGAAGAAAAGAAGAAGGAAUGUGCAGCGAGAGGGGAAGACUACGAGAAAGUGAAGCUGCUGGAGAUCAGCGCAGAGGACGCGGAGAGAUGGGAGAGGAGAAAGAGGAGGAAAAGCCCCGACCUGGGAUUCUCAGAUUAUGCCGCUGCCCAGUUACGCCAGUACCAUCGGCUGACCAAGCAGAUCAAACCCGACAUGGAGACGUAUGAGAGACUGCGAGAAAAACACCGGGAGUGGUGGUUUAGCUUGAAAUGUGAAACUGUGGAACCGUGUAGUGUCACUGUGAGUCUGCUUUGCUGUCUCUCCAGCGGAGAGGAGUUUUUCCCAACAUCCAACAGUCUUCUUCACGGAACACACGUGCCUUCCUCGGAGGAGGUGGAUAGGAUGGUCACAGACCUGGAGAAGCAAAUUGAAAAACGAGACAAAUACAGCCGGAGACGGCCUUACAACGACGAUGCAGACAUCGACUACAUUAAUGAAAGGAACGCCAAGUUCAACAAGAAAGCAGAAAGAUUCUAUGGGAAAUACACAGCCGAAAUUAAACAGAAUUUGGAAAGAGGAACAGCGGUCUAAUCUCCUUCAGGAGCUGUCAGGAACUGUUUUUAAAAGCCCAUGAAUGCUGGCAAUUUGAAGUUCUCUUUCAGGUUACACCAGGAAAUCAGCAGUCAGUCCACGAUGCCUUCCUAAUCAGCAUUUAGAAAUAAACGUUGUUCUUAAACGUACACUCCCAUGUACGUCCCCCCAUUUCUGUGCUUGGAUAGAAGAUGUAUUUUAAGAUGUAGUGUACUUGUUUUGUAAAAAUCUGCUUUGUAUAAAUCCCAAUUAUUUUUCUAUGUAUUUUAAAUGUACAUGAACUGAUCUUUGAAGCAUUUGGGCUUCAGAUUAUUGGCAGCAUCCAUAAAUGCAGUCACUGUUG